AUGCCAGCUCCAAAGCAUGCCUUGGACCGUGAGGAGGAGGAGGGAGACGAUCAUUCGAAACGUCGCCCGCCUGCCACCACCACAGCCGAAGUAGCCCGUCCUACCGCAACCGACUUGGAACAGGACAUCGAGGAGGGCCUCCGUAACAUUUCCAGGGAAAAGCACACGCCCUUGCGCAACCUUGUCUACCAAAUGCUCAAUUACAACUGGAAUGCCCGCCAUGCAAGCCGGGCGGAAUUUUACAGGUCGGUGUGCCCCCCAGUGAGUUGGAGUGGAAGUAACCCACCGCGCCACCACCCAGUGGUCUCAAUCAAACCGACCGUUGACGAUGUACAGCGGCCAGACAAUUCCCAUAACGAGGAGAUCCGGUCUCUAAAGCGCUUCUGUGCCACCCAUUCGGAUUUCUUUUGCCGCCUGGUACCCGGCUUUCGGAAGUGUCAACGCGUUCUGGGCCGGCUGCCCGACCACCUAACGCAAGAGCAGCCUUUUUUCACCCCACCCACUCACCAGGAUCAACAUCCCAACUCUCUGCCGCCCCAGAGCCAGAGUUCUGGCUGGGGGUUCCACGCUCCACUGGCCCACCGCUCAUCACAGGAGGACCACUCCUCAAACCAACCCCACUGUGAACAAGGACCUUCCUCGAGGCCGGUGAUGUCUGCCUCUCCCUUCCCGAGAGGGCCACGCCCGGCGGAUCCGGUAUCGUCGUCCAGUUUCACAGUUGGCGCCAUGGCCCUGCGGCCGGAUAUGUCAACCACGACGUCCAGCGCCCCGCACCAAGGGCACCAUGCUGUUGUUGAAACCGAGCCCGAAUUCACCCACAUCCCGACUACGACUGCUGUUGUCGCCGGCCCGCCGUCCAUUGCGGCUGCCACCGACGGCCGUUCGUCGUUCCUCUCUUCGGUUAACACGUCUUCCCCCCCAGUGGCCGCUUUGGCAGAAGCCUCGCUGGGCCCCAGCUCACCCAUGGGACAAACACUUCAACCAGCUUCUGCUAGCACCGAGCUGCAGCGCUUGCUGCACCAGCAGACGGCCAAGCUACGACAAAACAACAUCAAAGGCCGGCGGACGGAAAGACGGAAUAAACUGGUUAGGGCGUGGCAUACAGAGUCUGCGGGCGAGCGGCGUCGCGCCCAGUCUGAGUAG